AUGGCGAAGGAGUUUCAGUUCAAUUGGAAGCCCAAUAUACCCCCUUCACUGGCACAGGGAGCCUGUUUCGAUCGCUAUGAUGAUGAAAGCACAUGUCUGGAACUAAACGCACAAGUACGCGUCGACGAAUACGGUUUCUUUUUCUUCUGGUUAGUAGAAGGCAAAGAUGCGGUGGUCCUCGAUAUGGGCCAAAUCUGGGAAGCCCGUCCCGGCGGACUGCCCAAAGACGGUCGGAUCAUGUUCGAGCUGGAACAACGCGGUGCUAGUGAGACGAUAGCAGAGCGAACAAUUUGGGUGACACAUGGACAGGAUCUAGUGAAUGUUCAGUCGUUUUUCCUAGUAGCUGAAAGUGUAGAAAUGGCGAAAAUGUGGAGGACAGGCAUGAACGAGAUCCUGAAGACGUCCAGAAUUCGACACGUUUGUCCAACGACACAGUUGCUGAAAUACUGGAAGUGGCUCACUCUCAACGUUAAUGAACGCCGAAAAAUUCCCAUCAAAGUGAUCAUUAAAACAUUUUCAUCCGGCAAACCCGAAAAGAUGGUACAAAAAUGCCUGAACGAUUUGGGUCUAGGUGGUGAUAAGUAUACACCGGUUCGCGUCAUCAAUCGAUCAAUGGGCAAAAAGUUUCGGAAUUUCUACAAAUGCAGUCGAGGCAGGAAACGAAAGGAACGAGAAGAGCUGGAUGUCGAAAUUUUGACAUUCGAGAAGUUUCUGCGAUUAUACAACAAGAUUUGCCCUAGGACAGAAGUUCAAGAGUUGUUCGUCAAAUUAUCCGGUCAAAAAGAGUACCUAACCAAAGAUCGCCUGAUAAACUUUCUGAAUGAGGAACAGCGGGACCCUCGACUCAACGAGAUCCUCUUUCCAUUUUUCGAUCCGCCACGUACUGGUCAAUUGAUAGCAAAGUAUGAGAGUGACAAUAACUACAUUGAGAACGGAAAAAUGUCCGGUGACGCGUUUCUUCGAUUCCUGAUGUCUGACGAGAACCCUCCAGUAUUUUUGGAUCGGAUUGAAAUGUAUAUGGAUAUGGAUCAACCAUUAUGUCACUAUUAUAUUAAUAGUUCACAUAAUACGUACUUAACGGGCAGACAGUAUGGAGGAAAAUCAUCUUCAGAGAUUUAUCGACAAGUUUUGUUAAGUGGAUGUAGGUGUAUUGAGUUGGAUUGCUGGGAUGGAACCGGAGAGAAUAAGGGAGAACCGAUCAUUACUCAUGGAAAAGCAAUGUGUACGGACGUGUUUUUUAAGUGUAAGACUCCAAAAUUUCAGGAUGUGCUUAUGCAAAUCAGAGACACCGCGUUUGCCCGAUCAGACUUUCCCGUCAUCCUCUCCUUCGAAAAUCACUGUUCCAAAUCGAACCAGCUAAAAAUGGCCAAAUAUUGUAUGGACAUUUUUGGCGACAUGCUGCUAUCGAAACCAUUUGAUGACGCACCGCUGGAACCCGGAGUCUCUUUACCAUCGCCGAACCGGCUUCGAAAAAAGAUCCUCAUAAAAAACAAGCGUUUAAAAACCGACAUUGAAAGGCACCAGUUGGAUCAAUUUCUACGAGAAGGAAAGCUAGACGAGGAAGACGAGCUGAACGAGACUGCUGAUGUCGUUGGAGAGGAUUCGGUUUCACCUCGAAGCGGUGGAAGCGGUGGAACCGUCGCUGCAGAAGACGUCGCCAUGGACGACGACACAUCGGACGACGACGACGAUCCGUCGGUCCAAACCUCGCUGAAUGUAAUGCGUACCGUUCCAAUCGUUAGCACUACCUCCAACAAUGGAUCAAACCGCUCCGCACGAAGUUCACUGGACACACCAUCGCCGUCUGGCGGUGGUCUGAUGGUCCCCGAUCGGGCAUCAUCGACAGCGACAUCUAUCAAAAAUGCAGUGCUCGCGAGGUCACCAAACUUCUCGUCAUUGAGACAGAAAUUGUCUUUCAAGCGAAGACAAUCUCCGCUAGCGGGCGAUCAACGAGCACAUCCCGAAGUUGAGCAACCCAACAGCUCCUCCUCCCCAGCCACACCAUCCAUUUGUGGUCCAUCCCCGAUUGCCACGUCAUCAGCGUCAACGUCUUCGAUCACAAUCACGACGACAGGAUGCUCGACGUCGUCGGCAGGAGUGUCAAAACCUAACCAAGGUGGUGAAAUGCCAGUAAAAGAAACCGACGAAGCACACCCGGAACUCAAGCAAAACUUUAUUGCCAAAAAUUUGAAAGGAUUUGGAUUUUCGAAAAAACAACCUGAUUCAACUUCAUCCACCACAUUGCUAACCGCAUCACCAACACCAUCAUCAUCUUCGAUGGCCACGACGAUUGCUCUAAUGAAUCAAACAAGUGUGAGCAGCAACAAUACUACAGUAACCACACUAAACUCGCCACAAAUCAUGGAACGAUCGAGAAGCGAGAAACGAUCGUUUCGACAGAAAAAAGGUGUUUUUGGCGACGAGCUGCACUCGGACUCGGCGGCACUCAUCGAUUUUAUGAGGACGGCGUCUAGUCGUAAAAAGAAGCCGGUAUUGACAAAAGAGGAAGAGGAGAGGAUAUUUGCGGAAUAUCAUUAUACAGGAGCCACCACAAAUAUUCAUCCAUUAUUAUCGUCGCUGGUCAAUUAUACACAUCCGGUCAAAUUUUCGGGUUUCGAUGUGGCAGAAGCCAACAAUCUGCACUUCCACAUGUCCUCCUUCUCCGAAUCCACUGGUCUCGGUUACCUCAAACAAUCGGCUCCCGAAUUCGUCAACUACAACAAGCGCCAACCAAGCAGAAUCUAUCCAAAAGGAGCGCGUGUCGAUUCUUCCAAUUUUCUACCGCAAAUUUUUUGGAACGCUGGUUGCCAGAUGGUAUCACUCAAUUUUCAAACGCCCGAUGUCUACAUGCAGUUGAAUAUGGGAAAGUUUGAAUACAACGGUGGAUCUGGGUAUCUUCUGAAACCAGAUUUUCUACGAAGACCUGACAGGACAUUCGACCCAUUUUCGGAGAGUCCUGUUGAUGGUGUCAUCGCCGCACAUUGUAGUGUUAGAGUAAUUUCUGGCCAAUUUCUAUCGGAUCGAAAAAUCGGAACAUACGUGGAAGUUGAAAUGUAUGGACUGCCUACCGAUACGAUACGGAAAGAGCACAAGACAAAAGUGAUCCCGGGAAACGGACUGAAUCCAGUUUACAACGAGGACCCAUUUGUAUUUCGAAAAGUUGUGCUUCCCGAGUUGGCGGUUCUUCGAUUUGCCGUGUACGAUGAAAAUGGAAAACAAUUAGGUCAGCGAAUUCUGCCGUUAGAUGGCUUGCAAGCCGGAUACAGACACAUCUCAUUGCGAUCCGACACCAAUCAGAGCUUCAUUUUAUCACCGGUGCUAUUCGUUCAAAUCGUUAUCAAAACUUACGUACCUGAUGAGUUGAGCGGUCUUGUAGACGCUCUCGCUGAUCCACGUGCAUUCCUUUCGGAACAAAAGAAACGACAGGAGGCGCUGGCACAUAUGGGAGUAGAUGAUAGUGAUAUCCCAGACGUCCCUAAUACAAAGAAUAUGGCGCUGAGAAAUAUGAAACAACCACCAAGGCAAAACGGAUCGUCGGCUGAUUUAUUGUCGAAUAACACGCAGCCUGGAAGUGCGAGAAGUGAAACAACGCCAACGUUGGGAACGAGUGCCAUCAGAUCGCCCAAUGAGCAACCGGCACCCGUGGCUGUUGAUAAGUUUAAGGUUGACCCAAUCGAAGUAGACGAUUUGAGACGAGACAAAGCGUUCGCGAAACUGCUCAAAAAGUUCCAGAAAGAUCUGGACGAUCUUCGGAAGAAACAUCAGAAGCAGAGGGAUAGUAUUCAGAAGCAACAGCCGGCACGCCGCCGUAAUUCGUCUAUAGCGUGGAUCCAAACCAACGUGGAUAAGCUUAUUACCAAUAACCGGCGCUCCACAAAGAAGGAAAAGGGUUCGAGACGAUCGCUAACGGCUUCAGUGUCUUCUGGAUGUGGAUCCACUUCUGGAAGCAUUCCAGUAGGCGUUUGUAUACCAUCAGGUCCAUGUGGAAGCGGUAGCGGUGCUCCGUCGACACCAGGAGGAUGUGGUUCCGAUGGAACCGGGUCACCAGCAACCACUGGAAGCCCAGUUCCGCACGACCUUAUUAACAACGAUAGGGUCCGCUCUCUUGUGAACACCCAAACCGGCGAGUGGUCGGCAAUGGUUCGGAGACACGACGAAGAGGAAUUUGAGCUCAAAAAAGGGCAGCUCAAAGAGCAAUUCGAUUUGUUAAAGAAACUGAUGAGUGAGGCGCAGAAAAAUCAAAUGCAGGCGCUGAAACUUCGUCUGGAAGCCGAGGGAAAAGAUCUGAAGCAGACGCAGACGAAGAAGAGUAUGGAGGAUGUGAAGGUUAUUCAGCUGGACAAGGGUAUCAAGACCAAGGCCGAACGCGAUCGACGCAUCAAGGAGCUCAACGAGAAGAACUUGAAGAUGUUUGUUGAGGAGAGAAAGAGAUUAGCUAUGAAAGCUCAAAAACACGAGGAACAGCUCAUCAAACGGCACCUGGACCAGCUGGAACAACUAGAAAAAGACUUCCAGAAAGCAUUGGAAGCCGAAGUUGGCAACUACAAAGAAGAACAACUGGCUGCUCAACCCACUUCUGUUGUUUGA